AGAUUGAAAAUGAGCUCAAAGGCUAGGGGAAAUGAAUCCAUAGGUCUGUACACCAUUGGUUAACCAAGUCUCAUUAUUCUUUGGCCUGGAAAAAAUCUCUACUUACAUUCAUCUGACUUAGCAAGUUUAUUAAGAUCAUGGUUCUUUCAGAGCACUAAUGCAAGAGCAGUUGAUGUAAAAUGCAGUAUUUAGUGAGUAAUGCUACAAAUCCAAAGUUUUCAUUUAUACCCCCUCUUUCCUUAUGGGAAUCCCAUUGGUAAUGCAGAAGGGGGGCUCAUCCAACUUCUAGAUGGUAAACAAACACAUACACCCAAAGUCCAGCUGCUAUGGAUCAGUGCAGUUAAUCAACAACAAAUUGAACAAAAUGCAGUCAGCCAUAAUUGCAUAUUAAUUAAGAUAAAACUUGUAUAAAAGAAUAGUUAUAUGUUAAAUUGAGAAAUUUCUCUUAAAAAUUGUAUUUACUAAAUCUCCUUCAUUACUUUACUAAAUAAAGGACUCUUUAUUUGAAAAGAAUUUUAGCUGGAAAGUAUUACUUUCUCUAACUUACCAACCCAUUACCCUUACCCAAACACCUGUCUCAGUGUAACCUUUGCCAUAAACCUUUAUAAUUUGCAUAUUUGUAGCUCUUGUAUUUAUCUUGUUUCAUAAAAGAUUUCAAAAUUUAUAGAAUUCCUUUAGCACCUUCCUCUUUUCAAGGCAAGGGCUGUUGAUGUGUACAUAUGUGCCCCCACAAUAUGAGCUCUUUGAAAUCAGAAAACGUAUUUCAUUUUGGCCUUCCCAGCAACUAACACCAUGUCAGUCACAUUGAAUGAAGACAGCUACAUUGAUGCUGGAUGCUGGUAUAGGAUUUGAAUGGGACUUGACAGAAUGGAGCUUGGAAAGCUAAUCAUGAGCAAGUCAAAGAAUCCCUGAGCAGUAUUAGUUGAUGUUUGGGACGACUGUUAGAUUUUCUUCCUAGGAUUUCAAUAUAAAUUGUAGAAAUACGAAAUUAUCAUGGGAGGCUUUCUAUGAAGAAAAAAUCAAAUCACAUGAUUUAUUAAUUUUCAUUAAUAUUUUGAUUUUGUCUUGUUUUACUUAAACUCUAUAGAUACGAUUUUCUGUCAAGAUGGACAGUAAACAGACUUGAAGUGUUAUCAAGUAAUUGAAGUAUUGAUUAUACUUUAGUCCACAUGUCCUGUAUAUCAAAAUCCUCUCAACUUUACUGAAGGAUUUAUUAUGUCCAAAAUAAACCUGUGUCCCAGAUGAACUAAGUAUGGGAAGAGAAGCUGAUGUCAGUGCCUUCCCUGGGUGUGGCUAGAUAAGACAGAUACAAGUAGGUAAAAAAGGAUCUAAGUCCUAGAAGUUCAAGAAUAUUUUGAAUAAAAUUAACAGUGACACUACAUGGACAUGACCAGCUCCUAUGGAUUUCCCCUUCUCGUUAAUUUGCAGAGUUAAGAAUAAAGACCUCAGAGCCUGAGGAUCUAGGCUAAAAUGAUAGCUUUGGAAAUAUGUAAUGAAGUGAUCUUGGGAAAGAAAGAAACUUUUCAUAGUCUUAGUUCUUACAUUCCACUGUUGAUAUGAGAGCUAAGUAAUAUAAUAUAUUUAAAGUGAUAUGGGGAUUAUGUCACAUAUUUUAAACUUGGCAUGAAAUUUACUUGCUCCACAAGAAAAUGCUUCUGGAGUUUGAGCACUUAAACUCUUGGGUCCCUUAGCAAUCCAAACUACUUACAUUUUGUGAUCCUACCAUUUUAAAAGAUGGUUUGAGAGAGGGAGUCAAACUGUAAGAGAAUCUUAACUCUGGAGAACAAACUGAGGGUUGCUAGAGGGAGGUGGGCAUUAAGGAGGGCACUUGUGAUGAGCACUGGGCGUCAUAUGUAAGGGAUGAAUCACUGAAUUCUACUCCUGAAACCAGUACUACACUAUAUGUUAACUAAUUUGAGUUUUAAUAAAAUCUUGGAAGCAAAACAAAAACAAAUGUUUUCCAGGUCUUUGGAUCUUACUUAACUACUUCUGUCUGGAAAUGACAAAUGACUUUCUAUCAGGUCCUUUUUACCAGCACUAGCCCCAUAACCUCACUUAACCUCAAGAGAAGGGAUCUAAAUAUUACAGGGGUAUUUAGUGAACAAUAAGUGUCUCUAACACUGCUACUUGAUUUUGUAUGACCUUGACAAGUUACUUAAUCUUCUUAAUUUCAGGUAUUUAUCUGUAAUCUGAGACUAAUUGAAGACUGGGACAAGUGAGGUUUUAGUGUGCACUCUUAAGAGGACUCUGUACUGAUUUCACUCCAUACUGUUGACCUUGCACAAGUUUCUGAACUUUGUCUCAGUUUCUCUCUCUCUCUCUCAUGUGACAAUACUUUUGAACUUUAAAUAAGUUUUAAUUGUUUUAGUACACUUUCUUGGAUCAGAAACUGUUAGCUCUCUCCAUGAUUAUUAUAUAAUUUUAACAUGAUUAUUAUUCACUGGUAAUUUUAAUUGUAGCAAGACAAUAAAAGUAAUACAAAAUACAUAUGACCAUAUCUAUAUUACUUUGUAAAAGCUCUCAAUACUUUUCAAAUAUUUGUUGGUUCUCCCCAACUCUGAGAUUUGUUAUUUGAAGCAUAUACUGAGUUUCUUAUAUUUGAUCGUGGCCUAUUCUUUAGUAGUUACUACACCUAGUAACUGUGCAAUCAAUACAUGUUUGUUUACUGACUUGACUAGCAACAUAAUAAAGGCUGUUGGAUAUGAUAAAAUUUGCAACAGAAGAGUUCUUUGUACUUGUUACUAAGUUUAAUGAGUAAACUUAGUAACAGGACAGCCAAUGAAAUGACAGACUAAGCAGUGGAAUUUGUGUUCCGGAAGUUAGAUGACACUUUAUGAGGGUCCCAAAACGUGGGUGUAAUUUUCAGCCACUGAAUAUUUCAAGUGUAUUUGCCGUGUCACCAAGUCAAAAGAGCAGAUGAGAACCAUCAUGGGAAGAAAGACCAUUUCACUUCUGAUUAUGGGGGUUCUUGGGGCAUAUUAUGUUUAUAUACCUGUCCCAGAUAACAUUGAGGAGCCAUGGAAACUAAUGUUGGUUAACACAUAUAUGAAAACUUUAACAGAUUUGGUUCUGUUUAUUGAACUAUUGGGAAUCAACCAUGCCAUGAACAUUGUAAUGUUCUUUAUGAGCUAAGAAGUCCCACCCACAUCUGAUGAAAAUGUCACUGUGAUGGAGACAACUUUCAACAAUGUUCCUGUCCGCAUAUAUGUACCAAAAUGAAAGCCAGAGAGACUAAGAAGAGGCUUAUUUUAUAUUCAUGGUGGUGGUUGGUGUUUGGGGAGUGCUGCUUUGUUUAGUUAUGCCUUUCUGUCAAAACAGACAGUGGAUAGAUUUGACGUUGUUGUCAUUUCAGUCAAGGGUGUUUCAAAUAAAAUGGAGGAGGGACAAAUGACCUCUUUAAUUUAUCCUGCUCUUCAGACUCUUGAUAUGGAUUUACCAUCAUAUUGGGAAAAUUCACACUUUCCACCUCUGCCCAAAUCACUGAUGGUCAGGUUCUGGAGUGAAUACUUUACCACGGACAAAUCACUUGCAAAAGCUAUGCUCUUCAAGCAACAUGUACCAGUGGAAUCAAGCCAUCUGUUCAAAUUUAUUAAUUGGAGUUCUUUGCUCCCUGAGAAGUUUAAGAAAGGGCACUUUUAUAACAGUCCAACUUAUGGUAGUUCUGAGUUGGCUAAAAAAUAUCCAGGAUUUCUCGAUGUGAGGGCAUCCCCCUUGUUAGCUGAUGACAACAAAUUGCGAAGUUUACCCUUGACCUAUGUCAUCACCUGUCAAUAUGAUGUCUUAAGAGAUGAUGGAAUCAUGUAUGUCACCUGACUUCAGAAUGCUGGAGUUCAGGUGACCCAUAAUCAUAUUGAGGAUGGAUUCCAUGGAGCACUUUCCAAUUAUGCACUUAAAAUUACACAUAGAGUAGAAAAUCAGUAUAUGAGUUGGCUAAGUGAAAAUCCAUAGUAAAAAUCUGAGGAGGGGUUCAUAAAAUAUAUAUAAGCCCCAGAAUAGGAAACAACUUAGAAUCAAAGGUUAUGUUUGGAUUGAUGUUUAUCAUCUGUGACCUUUCUAAAGUCUUCAUAGCCAUCAUGUUGUUUGUUUUUUAACUUAGGGAGUUCUCUAUUUCUUGUCCUAAGUGUUGUUUAUUCACUUCUGUACCUUAGAAAGUAUUUACUUUCCUGUAUAUUCUUUUCUUGCUGCUGUUACUCAUUUCUUUAGCUCUAAUUCACAGCUCUAGUUUUUUUUUUUUGUUUUUUGUUUUUAAUAUUUAUUUUAUUUUUGAGAGACAGAGCAUGAGCAAGGGAGAAGCAGAGAGAGAGAGGGAGACAGCACAGCUUCACCUGAGCCAAAGUCGGAUGCUUAACCUGACUGAGCCAUCCAGGUACCCCACAGCUCUAGUUUUUUGAUUGCCUGACAGUAUUACUAUUGAGAAGAAAGCUUCAACACAUCUGGCUUGUGAAAUGCCAGAGCUUCAACUGACAUGGGUUUAGGGCCUUGAAAUGCUGCCUUGUAGGCACUAAGACAGUUAAAUAAUACCAUUUCAAAAAGGAGAGCUCUUUUCAAUGCUAAAAAUAUAGGAUUUUUCUAAUCUAUGAAAUUAUAAAAUAAACUUACAUAAGUUUAUAUAUUCAGCAUUGUCUUCAAUAGUGUAGUAGCCAAGAUGUCUGAAGAAAACCUUAAAGUACAUACACCUCAACCUGCUGCAUGAAAUAAAUAACAAAUCUUUACAAAUCAUGAAUGGUUGAGUGAAAAGUAGAGGAAUGUUCAGGGCCAAAAACGUUAAGAAGGUGCAAACCCAGAUUCCUACCUGAGAUUUAUCUCUGACAUUAUAAGUGACACCUACCUCUAUCAGGUGGCCUGAGGUGGUGGGAGAUAUUUGCAUCAUUGCCCAAUGAUAGGCAAAUAAUUUUCUUUAAUCAGGCAGUUCUUAAAUCUAUAAUCCUGUCUUAAAGUGUAGAUUUUAUUAUUAUUAUAGUAUGGUGAGGCAAACAGAUCAGGAGGUGACUCUCGUUGGAAAGUUUGUUACUCACAGGUGGCCAGAGGCGUGAGUAUGAUACUUCAUGAGGGGACCACAUGGGGAAGCCCCAGAGUUGGUCUGAAGGCAGAGAGAGCAAGGGGAAAUGUGAGUGAAAAACUCUUGUGGUUUCCACAGGAAUAGGCAAGGCAGAGUAAACAGGGCAAGUAAGCAGAGUAAGUAAGAUUGGGCAGCAUGAACAAUUUCAGUGGACUUUGAGGUACUGGGGCUAUUUCUGUUUGUCUGGUACCUGGUCCUGAGGUGAUUUGACUAAAGGGGUAAUAGUUGUAGGAGACUGGGUGGGUAAGGGUUCUUGGUUGGUUUACAUAUGAAUGGCACACUCACAGGCCAGUUGGAUGCUUAUCUCUAGGCAUUAGCUGACCCUGAGAGGGACAGUCCUUUCCUGGUCAGCAAGUCCUCAGAUAUCAAAACACCAAAGUAUUAGAAAAUAAAAAGAUACCUUAAUACAAAUCCCAAAGGAUGCCACUGGGUAGCAAUAUUUGAGUUCUAUUAGAGAUUCCCUCUGCAGUUGUCUAAGUAGUGUGUGCCUCCAAAAUGAUUCAUGCAGGUACUACAAAAAAAUUUUUAAACACUUCCAAAUACAUCAGAGUUCUAUUUCAAAGUUUUCUUAACUUCUGAAAAAAUAAGAUAUGAAAACAAAACUUGCAAAAGAAUCAGAAAACAAAAACUCUCACUUUUUAAACGUGUAUGUGGGAAGAUAGAUAUAUAGCUAUAUAUGAAAUAUCAUACAGUCUAGAGGACACAGCUAAUCCUGUUGCAUUGAAAGGAAAUUUCAGUCUCAUACACCAAUCACAAUAUGGUAGAAAAAAAAAAGGCUUAAACUUGAACUCAAGAUGUUAGGAAGAAAUUACAUAAACCCAAGAAAAUUAAGGAGAAAGAAUUACCA